AUGGGGAAAUCGGAGUUGAUACCAAAAAUACAGCCUAAGAAGAGGGUUCGGCCAAUCUCCAAUCCCCUCUACACCAAUGAUGAGGACUUCUUCUGCAACAUACUCAAAAAUCAUGAUGUGCGCCUAGGAGAACAGUUUCCUGCCUUCGAUCGCCUCGAUUCUGUAUCUUUUGAGCAUGAAGAAGGUUUCUAUCUGGGAUGUCAAACUUUCUAUACCUUCACUUCCGAAUUCAUGAAUCCAGAAAAGUGUGAGAAAUCCGCUGAAGUUGCACCUCCAACUUGUCAAGUUGUUGUUCGGCCCAAGUCUUACAGAAAGCCUGCUAAAUAUGACAUUCAACCAUUGACGCCGAUUGAUGAGUCCAGCGAGUCUACCGAAUCUAUUGAAGAGAGAACGAGAAACGGUUGGCCUUGCUCACCAAUGAAAAUGUCUCUUGGGCAUGAUUUUGAUCAUCAGAAAGAUGAACAGCUCGGAAUGGUCUCUUCAGUAAUGUCUGCUACAAUUCCAAACAAUGCAAUCUCGUCACUCGGGUUCCCACAUUAUUCAAUGACUCCCUUAUCCCCGAUGUCGAAGAUGAUUCAGGAUCUUGAAUACCCAUCAUUAUCGGUACCCACCAAUACCCGUUCAAGUGAAUCACUUGAUUCAUUUCAUGGUCAAUCGGUGAAGCCAUCAAUCGCUAAUAUCAAUGAAAUUGAACCAAAUGACGACGAUGGACUCCAUGCUAUCUCUAUUCACCCAAUUUCAGCGAACCCCGCAAUAAAAGUACUUAAUAAAACUCAACUGACCACCCAAUUUCCUAAUCUCAUAUACGAUGCUCGAAAUGAUAGAUAUAUCAAGAGAUCGAAGACUAGAAUCGAAAAAAGCUCUAGAUUCAAUGAUGAUCUAGCAGUUGAUGACAUGUACACACCGACUAAUGAAGCGAGGGGAGAGAAAGGUAUUGCCGUGAGCCGAAUCGCGGAACAUCCUGAGGCGGCAAUUAUGAAAUACACAAACUCGGAUAGAAUGACGGGAAUUCGUCCUUUGAGGAUGAAGCCACAAGUUCAAGACAAUUUUUUAUAUCGAGAAGUUAAGGUAGGGCUUGGAAACGAAAGUGCGGAAGGUGUUGCUAAAGGGCAUUUACGAAUGGCUUCAGAGCCGGAACGACGUGUAAUCCCAGGAGCAGAUGAGCAUAUUGGCAGAUUGAGAGUUGAUACAAUACCUAUCAAGAGAAUCGCAAGACAUCCAUCUGCGAAUAUGUCCCGGAAACUGGAAGACUCUCCAACCUUGUCCCGCAGAAGUUCUCGCCGCAGGAAAGCUGGCCCAAUUUACCUGCCAGCCUGUGCUGAGAACGCGGAUGGAAGUCCAAGAAGACCACUUUUCACUCCAGUCAAUACAAGAUCGCUAUCACCAAAAAUUUAUCCAGUUCGUUCGCCACCGCCGAUGAAUCGUCCAUAUCGUCAUAUCAGUCAGAUAUCCGUAGACAACACACCUGGUAUUGAUAUACCCCCAACACAAGAUCAUGGAUCUGUUGAAAGUGAUAUUGCUUCAGUCGCGGUUGACGUUACUUCUCUCGUACCGCCAACAGCCACUACAAUAUCUCCAGAGGUCAAUAUCAUUUCUGUCAUGCCACAAUCAAGAACCACCAAAUCCCCAACUACCCCCGGGGCUCCAAUAAAGGUUCCAUCCUAUACCCUCAACCUCCCUCGAAUCUUCUCAUCUUCAUCACCAAUCGCCCCACCACCUAAACUUGCAUCCGCAGUUCCGGCUGCUCCCAUCCCAAAGUCUGAUUCCACAAACAUCCGACCUCUUCCUAUCUCUAAUCAGAAAAGAACUGGUAUCACUUCAUCGAUAUACUCCCUCUACACCCCCGAAUCCUCUCCUCACAAUAGUGCUCAUGUACAGCCUCCACUUUCCAGAAUUUCCAGCAUCCCAUCUCCACCAAGUACGCCAACGACUAGUCUUUUUCGCUCCGACACAACCAAUACAAAGAACACAGUGAGUACCGUGCCCAGUACACCCACUCAAGGUGCCUACAGCCACAGUCGCCACAAUACAUAUUCGACAGACCUCUCUAGCAUCACAUCGCCUGUUACCAGCCCGAUUUCCAAAGCCAGACCAUCCUUCGAUGCUGAUCCCUUCCGGAUCCCCAGUCCAUCUCUCAAUGCUUUUUCAUUCCCAAAUACCUCUCCAUCAGUUAAGCCAUCACCCAUACCUUGUCCCCGCAGCAAUCUCAGCGAAGAAAGCAUCGCCUUAACCGAACAUCUGGUCCGAGAAGGUAUCUACGGCGGUAUUGUCUACGACAUCGUUGCUUCUCCCAACCUCUAUCCGGCUCAUCCAGAACCAUUUAUUCCCCAUCUCACCAAAAAGCUCACACCCGCACAACUUCAACGCAAAAAGAAAUUUGCAGCCCGCAAACUCCAAUCCGCGCUCCGAAAGCGCGAAAAAGCGGAGAAAAGAGAAAAGAAAGCAGAAGCGAGACAAGCUAAAACUACGCUAAAGAAAGUAAAGGCUCGAACUACAAAAGCGAAACUAGCGGUACAGAGUAAGAAAGGAACAUUGAACUAUCUUACCAUCCGCGUCUUUUUCAGGGGAUUGGGAAUUGGGGUUAGGAUGAAGUGGCAGGGAGCUAGACGGAGAUUGAGUCAAGUACAGUUUUCAAAGAUUCUGGGAGCGAGACCAGAGAGAGAGGUGGUGGGGGACGGGUAUGACUUUGUUUGUAGGGGGGAGAGCGAGGAUAAGAAUUGGGAGGAUGUAAGGAUGAAUGGUGGGAUCUUGGAGCCGGUGAUGAGUAGAGAGGAGCGAGAGAUCACGGAGUCGAAGAUGAAGGAGUAA